UCCACAAUCGUAUCCACCGGGCAGCACUCGUCGCCAGACCGAAACGUAGUUGCACCACUUCUGGCAUAUCUAUCCGUCCUCGCCCCCAUCGUCCCUUGGGCAUCGAAACCGCGUCUGCGCUCCGAUAAUCACCUUCCCGACCGACCCAUGUGGCCUUGAACCAUGGCGCCGCUUCCCAUCUCAUUCCAGGAGGUGUUGAUGCUUCCCAGUGUCGGCGUCGACAACUCUGCCAUCGGAUUCAACACCUGUACCUUGGAAUCCGACCACUUCAUCUGCAUACGAGAAAAGAAGAGCGAGACGGCGCAACCCGAAGUCGUCAUCGUCGACCUCAAGUCGGGAAACAAUGUCACACGCCGGCCGAUCAAGGCCGACAGUGCCAUCAUGCACUGGUCGAAGCAGAUCAUCGCCCUCCGGGCCCAGUCGAGGACGCUGCAGAUAUUCGAUCUGGACAAGAAGGCGAAGCUCAAGUCGGCAACGAUGAAUGAAGACGUCGUCUUCUGGAAGUGGAUCAGCGACUCGACGCUGGGACUAGUGACGGACAAUGCCGUGUUCCACUGGGACAUUUACGACAAUAGCCAAACUGCCCCCGUUGAGGUCUUCAAGCGCAACGCUAACCUGAACGGCUGCCAAAUCAUCAACUAUCGAACCAAUAGCGAAGGUAAAUGGAUGGCAAUUGUUGGCAUUUCCCAGCAGCAAGGUCGCGUCGUCGGUAGCCUGCAGCUUUAUUCCAAGGAUAGAGGCAUCAGCCAAGCGAUAGAGGGCCAUGCCGCUACGUUCGGCACCCUCAGGUUGGAGGGCGAGCCGGCUGAUACCAAGGUCUUCUCUUUCGCUGUUCGGACCGCUACUGGCGCCAAGCUGCACAUCGUCGAGAUCGACCACCCCGAAGGCAACAAACCGUUCCAGAAGAAAGCUGUCGACAUCUUCUUCCCCCCCGAAGCCACCAAUGAUUUCCCGGUCGCCAUGCAAGUAUCGCAGAAAUACGGUAUCAUCUACAUGGUUACCAAGUACGGCUUCAUCCACCUCUACGACCUGGAAACCGGAACGACCCUCUUCAUGAAUCGGAUCUCGAGCGAGACCAUCUUCACAACAUGCGCCGAUACUGAAUCCACCGGCAUACUCGGCAUUAACAGAAAGGGCCAGGUACUCUUUGUGUCAGUGGACGAAUCUACCAUUGUGGAUUACCUUCUCCAAAACCCGGCGAAUACCGAGAUUGCCAUCAAGAUGGCCUCCCGAGCCGGCCUUCCCGGUGCAGACCAACUCUACUCCCGGCAAUUCGACCAGCUAUUCAACUCGGGUGACUACGAGGGUGCCGCAAAGGUCGCGGCUAACUCGCCUAGAGGUUUCCUGCGAACUACGGAGACGAUCAACAAGUUCAAGAAUCUGCCCCCGGCCGGCAAGGUGUCGUAUAUCCUUCUGUACUUUGGCAUGCUUCUCGAUAAGACUACGCCGCUCAACAAGACCGAGACCCUGGAGCUCGCCCCGCCGGUCUUGUCGCAGAGUCGCAAGCAUCUUCUCGAGAAGUGGGCUAAGGAUGGGAAGCUGGACUUUUCCGAGGAGCUCGGCGACCUGAUUCGACCAUAUGACGUGAACUUUGCUCUAGCCGUUUACCUCAAGGCCAAUGCUGCUCACAAGGUAGUCGCUUCCUUUGCGGAGCUUGGCCAGUUUGACAAGAUUUUGCCUUAUUGCGAUCAAACUGGCUACCAACCGGAUUGGAUCACCCUCCUCCAGCAUAUUGUGCGGACGAAUCCAGAGCGCGGUGCGGAAUUUGCAACAACCUUGGCAAACCACCAAGGCGGCCCCCUGGUCGAUAUCGAACGCGUGGUCGACGUCUUCCAAGCACAGGGCAUGGUUCAGCAGGCCACGGCAUUCCUGCUCGAGGUACUGAAAGAUAAUCAUCCGGAGCACGGCCAUCUACAGACAAGACUUCUGGAGAUGAAUUUGAUGAAUGCCCCCCAGGUCGCGGACGCAAUCCUUGGCAACAACCUAUUCUCUCAUUUCGACAAGGCUCGGAUUGCAAACCUUUGCGAACAGACUGGCUUGUUUCAAAAGGCGUUGGAACUCUACGAAGACUCCGCAGCGAUCAAGCGGGUUAUCGUUGGGAUUCCCGGCACUGCAAACUUCAACCCGGACUGGUUGGUCAACUAUUUCGGCCAGCUUUCCGUGGAGCAGUCUCUGGAGUGCUUGGACGCGAUGAUGAAGGCUAAUAUCCGCCAGAACCUUCAGUCCGUUGUCCAAGUGGCUACGAAGUAUUCUGAAUUGCUCGGCCCCACCAAUCUCAUCGAUCUCUUCGAAAAGUACAAGACCCACGAGGGCCUGUUCUACUACCUCGGUAGCAUCGUCAACCUAUCCCAAGAUGCCGACGUCCACUUCAAGUACAUCGAGUCGGCCACUCGGAUGGGCCAGUUCAACGAGGUCGAGCGGAUUUGUAGAGAUAGCAACUUCUACAAUCCGGAGAAGGUCAAGAAUUUUCUCAAGGAGGCCAAGCUUACCGAGAUGCUUCCUCUGAUUAUCGUCUGCGACAGGCACAACUUCGUCCACGACCUGAUCCUGUACCUGUACCAGAACCAGCGUUUUAAUGCGAUCGAGGUCUAUGUUCAGCGCGUGAACCCUACUAGAACUCCCGAAGUCAUCGGGGGUCUGCUUGACGUGGAUUGUGACGAGGCGGUGAUCAAGAACCUGCUCACCACCAUCAACCCCGAAUCAAUUCCUAUCGACGCGUUGGUGCAGCAGGUCGAGUCCCGGAAUCGCCUGAAGCUGCUGUUGCCCUUCUUGGAGGCUACUCUCGCUUCCGGUAACCAGCAGCAGGCCAUCUUCAACGCGCUCGCCAAGAUCUAUAUCGACUCUAACAACAACCCCGAGAAGUUUCUCAAGGAGAAUGAUCAGUAUGAUACCCUUAGCGUCGGAAAGUACUGUGAGAAACGAGAUCCGAAUCUCGCGUUCAUUGCGUACCAGAAGGGGCAGAACGAUCUAGAACUGAUCAACAUUACGAAUGAGAACUCGAUGUAUCGCGCUCAGGCCCGCUACGUCCUAGAGCGUGCGGACCGGGAACUGUGGGCGUUCGUCCUUAGCGAGAACAAUAUUCAUCGCAGGUCUGUCAUUGAUCAGGUCGUCGCGACUGCUGUGCCUGAGUGCACCGACCCAGGAAAGGUCUCCGAGGCCGUUGCCUCUUUCCUACAAGCCGACCUCCCGGGUGAGCUCAUUGAGCUUCUCGAGAAGAUAGUCUUGGAGCCUUCGCCCUUUAAUGACAACCCGAGCUUGCAAAACCUACUUAUCCUCACCGCAGCUAGAGCCGAUAAGGGCAGAGUUAUGGACUAUAUCCAUCGCCUGGACGCGUUUAAUCCCGAGGAGUGCGCACAGCUAUGCAUUGACGUCGGUCUUCACGAGGAGGCAUUUGAGACAUACAAGAAGGUUGGCGAGAAGACGAAGGCUGUGGAAGUUCUAGUUGAGCACGUUGUUAGUAUCGACCGUGCCAGCGCCUUCGCCGAGGAUGUGGAUAUCCCGGAGGUCUGGAGCAAAGUUGCUAAGGCUCAACUCGACGGUCUCCGUGUCGCGGAUGCAAUCGAAUCAUACAUCCGGGCCAACGACCCCCAGAACUAUGUGGAGGUCAUCGAGGUGGCGACACACGCUGGUAAGGACGAGGAGCUGGUUAAAUAUCUUCGCAUGGCGCGAAAGCACCUCCGAGAACCCCCUAUCGACACCGCUCUUGCGUUCUCCUAUGCUCGUCUUGAUCAGCUAGCCGAGCUAGAAGAUUUCCUACGGGGUACAAACGUUGCUAAUAUCGAAGAGUCUGGCGACAAGGCUGCCGAAGAGAACCUUCACCAGGCUGCAAAGAUCUUCUAUACUAGCAUUUCCAACUGGUCGAAGCUUGCCACAACAUUGGUUCACCUUGAGGACUACCAGGCAGCCGUCGAAUGUGCGCGCAAAGCCAAUAAUAUCAAGGUCUGGAACCAGGUUCACGGGGCAUGCGUUGCUAAGAAGGAAUUCCGGCUCGCCAGGAUCUGUGGUCUCAACUUGAUCGUCGAUGCCGAGCAGCUCCAAGCUCUCGUGAAACAGUACGAACGCGAGGGCUACUUCGACGAGCUCAUUGAUCUUCUUGAGCAGGGUCUCGGCCUCGAACGGGCCCACAUGGGGAUGUUCACCGAAUUGGGGAUCGCCCUCUCGAGAUACCAUCCGGACAGGCUCAUGGAGCACAUCAAAUUGUUCUGGGGCAGGAUGAAUCUUCCCAAAUUGAUUCGCGCGUGUGAGGAGGCCAACCUGUGGCCGGAGCUGGUCUUCUGCUAUUUCCACUACGACGAGUUUGAUAAUGCGGCGCUGGCCGUGAUGGAGCGUGCGCAGAACUCGUGGGAACAUCAGCAGUUCAAGGAGAUCGUCGUUAAGGUCGCUAAUCUGGAGAUCUACUACCGUGCUAUUAACUUCUACCUGGAGCAGCACCCCUCGCUCUUGACCGAUCUCCUCCAAGUCCUUACCCCUCGCAUCGACGUCAACCGUGUCGUGCGGAUGUUCCAGAAGUCCGACAACCUGCCGCUGAUCAAGCCUUUCUUGCUCAACGUCCAGACUCAGAAUAAACGGACGGUAAACGACGCCAUCAACGAUCUAUUGAUCGAGGAGGAAGACUACAAGACCCUGCGGGAUUCGGCUGAAAAUUAUGACAACUACGAUGCUGUCGAACUUGCCUCGCGUCUGGAGAAGCACGACCUGGUCUUCUUCCGACAGAUCGCAGCCAACAUCUACCGCAAAACCAAGAGGUGGGAAAAGUCCAUCGCUCUGUCGAAGCAGGACAAGCUAUACAAGGAUGCUAUCGAAACCGCUGCCAUCUCUGGCAAAUCGGACGUUGUCGAGGAGCUACUCCGUUACUUUGUCGACAUUGGUAGCCGCGAAUGCUAUGUUGGUAUGCUCUACGCAUGCUAUGAUCUCAUCCGGCCCGAUAUAAUCCUAGAGCUCUCGUGGCGUCACGGGUUGAACGACUUCACCAUGCCGUACAUGAUCAAUCUUCUCUCCCAGCAGACGAAGGAAAUUGCAACGCUGAAGGCAGACAACGAAGCAAGGAAGGCAAAGGAGACUGCCCAGGAGAAACAUGAAGAUGAGACUCCGAUUCUUGGUAAUCGAUUGAUGAUCACUGCUGGACCUGCAGCUAGCACUGGAAGAGCAUCCCCGGCGCCUUUCGGACAGAGCAACGGGUUUGUCCCUCAACCUACCGGCUUUGGCUUCUAGAUGGUGUCGUAUUAGGUGCCAUGCUAUGAUCAUACCGCUGUCCCCGAUAGUUCGGGAUAUCGCACUAUCUGAAGCCGCAAGACAAGUUAACCCCGUCUUCUACAUUCUUCCAUUUAAGCCCGGCUGUCUAAUUAUUGCCGUACGGGUGGCACGGCUGGACUACUAAGGGUAAUCUUGACGGGUUCAUGGAGUCGUCAUGGAGAA